AUAAUGACACAAGCGGAAACAGACGAUAAGGAAAGCUUGAAAACUCGACAUAGCAGAGGAAGCAGAAGACCAUCGGUCGACACAUUAGCCGAUGGCAGAAGCAUCACUUCGCAAUCUGACACUCGAUCUUAUCGAGAAAAACUCAAAGAUAGGAUCAAUAUCGUAAAAGAGAGAGCUGGCGUUUCAGCAGUAUCUACCCAAAAAGGAUUGAAAUAUAUUCAGAAAACUUCCAGCAAAAAUGCUUUACUAGGCCGCAUAACAGAUAUGUUGCUGAAGGAGGAAGCCGACGUCAAAGAAGCUUUGGAAAGACACGCGAAAUCGAAAUUACAAAAGAAACAAGAAAACACCGGAACAGAAGACGCGAACGGAAAGUUGAAAGAAAUGCAGCAUGAACAGGAUAUCAGAUAUGAGACAAGCAUUGAAUUUUUUACCAAAGUAUGGAAAUCACCUGAGGAGAAUACUUCAUCCGAAUCUGCUUUGAAUUCGCCCAGAAAAGAAACUGAAAACGUUGCCCUCUUGAAUAAUGGAAACGAAGACGGUAUCAAAAUCUUAGCAGCCGAUUACUUGGGUUUGAAAGAAACCAUAAUGGAACCAGUCGAAUUCAAAACCGCCCAAUUGACCGAUGACGAGCAGCGAAAAAAUAAAAUGAAGGAUGUCCUUUUCUACACCACACUAGAACCUACCGAAUUGCAAAGACAGCAGAACGAAAAUAAAGCAACACGAAUCGUAAAAGACGAAGGUUUUUUUGUACCCAGUCGUCCGAAAGUAAAAGCAACCAACAUGACAAGAAUGCAUCAAAGACUGUAUAACGAAAAUAACAGGUUUGAAUUUACAUAGCUAACU